AUGGCUUCCAUCCUUCAGAAACUUGUUGGGCAGGCUCUCAAGACAUUUCGUCUCUCCCGUGCCGAUCAGGCAUAUAAGGACAAUUUUCAGACCCUCCGGUCACUUCUAGAAGAAGUUUCGAUUUCAGAUUUCCAUUUUAAACCGAGAAAUACCGGAAACACAGUUCCUCAUACUACUGCGUCGGUAUCGAGUGGUCUUGCACCGGUGACGUACAUGCAUAUUUGGGAAGACGAAUACUUUACUGUGGGAAUAUUCCUUUUAAAACACGGAUGUAAAAUACCUUUACACGACCACCCAAAUAUGUGUGGGAUUCUUAAGGUGCUGUAUGGUGAUAUCCGUGUACGAUACUACGAUAGACUUGACGAGAGCAGUCUGUUAUCUAAAGGCAUUGACCGGCCGGCAUUCAAUUUCGGUGUGAAACAACAUUUGAUACCGACAAGGUAUGACGGGGAAGUGUUUCUUGAUAGCCAGACCGGAGUGUUCGAAUUGGGAAGUACUGCGGGGAACUUUCACGAUAUUCAUGCCAUUGAAGGCCCCGCUGCGUUUCUGGACAUCUUAGCUCCUCCAUAUGAUCCACCACAAAGAGAUUGUACGUAUUUCAGCGAGUGUACCGAAUUGGUUGCGAAAGAACAAGGUACUGGGGCGGAAGAGGAUUUCAGAUGGUUGCGACCCAUUCAACAGCCAAGUGAUUUUUGGUGUGAUUAUGAAGAAUACCCAGGUCCGGAAGUCAACUUAGAUUCGUAAAAAAAGAAAAGAUGUAACCCCAAAGGAAUAAUGUUAUGGACAUGAUGAAACUGGGUUUGAAUGUCGUCCAUUUUUUAAACGUCACUCUGCACGUUAUACACGUACGCUUACGGCCAUAUAUUUUACGAGAGAACUAUGACUGGUAUGUUUCAUGUGGAACAGGGACUGUGUGUUGACGAAAAAAAUAAUGCAUGAGAGUAAAUUACAUUUAAAAACUGGUGAUUUUUUUAAAAAUCCUUUGCUACAUUUACCCAAAAUAAUGUGAAACUUCACGUAAUGUUCCUUUAAUGAUAACCCAGUGUUAUUCAUCAACCAUUAGGUAGUUGACAUGAUAUUAUCAGUUUACCUCCCCCUCCUACACUCACUGUGAUA